AUUUUCUAAUUUCAAAUUUUCUACUUUCUUUCAAAAUAUUUAAUAUUUUCAUUUUUGAAUAAUUUUCCGACUUAAUUACUAACAUAAUUAUUGUUAUGAAUAAAUAUGCAAUGGUUCUCUUAUAAUGGAUGACGACAUUAUUGAUACCCAUUGCGAUCCGAAGAAACCGCGUGAAGUAUCCUUUGACGACCUCACAACGGCUGAUUUGCUUUUGAUGGACGAAGUGACUAAGACGCCGUGUACGCGGGCAGUGAAAUGUAUUGAAUACAAUAUGGAGGUAUUUUUUAAGAAAGAAUUCUUGCAGCCGACGGGUAGUUUCAAAGUAAGAGGAGCACGUUAUGCCUUGCUUUUACUUUCCGACAAACAGAAGCAAAUUGGUGUCAUAUCUGCAUCAACGGGAAAUCACGCUUUGGCCUUAAGUUAUCAAGGCAAUCUGCUCAAAAUACCCAUUACAGUUGUGGUGCCUACUUGCACCGCCACGACAACAAUUGAAAAAUGCCGUUCUUAUAAUGCGCACGUUAUCACCGAGGGUCGUGACAUUUCAGAGUCCAGAGUAGUUGCUUUGGUUUUAUCAAAAGGCAGACAACUGGAAUAUAUCGAUAGUUAUGAUCAUCACCAUAUUAUUGCCGGUAACGGUACGAUUGGCUUUGAAAUACUAAGGCAAGUACCGAAAAUUGACGCGAUCGUGGUUCCUGUUGGUGGUGGUGGACUUAUGGCAGGUAUUGCCACAGCCGUUAAAACGGUAUCACCGCAGACACAAAUUAUUGGUGUGGAGCUGGAGAAGUGUCCGAGUUUCCAACGAGCCAUGGAGCAUGAGAUGCCUACUUAUACGGCACCAAAUAAUUCGGUGGCUGAGAGUUUGCUAGUGCCCAAGGUGGGUUGCAAUGCCUUUUCUAUGGUUGCCGUUUUGAUUGACAAGUUGGUGUUGGUGCGCGAUCCUUGGGUGGCGUUGGCAAUGCUGCGGCUAGUUGUGGAAGAGGAGUGCGUAGUCGAGGGUGCUGGUGCUGUGGGUUUGGCGGCAAUACUGGCGGGUCAUUUGAAUGAAUUACAUUUAAAGAGAGUUGUGGUUAUACUUACUGGCUGUAAUACUUAUGCGUCUGCUUAUGGGCGUGCUCUAGAGUGUGGUAUGUCUGCCGAACGACGUUUAUUACCCGACGAUACUGAACAUACUGCCUGCAGCGUAUUUACACUUAUCGAAAAACUGAGCAAAGUUGGCCUUAAUGUAAAUGAAACAUUAUCGGAAUGUGUCUGGUUGCCUUUGGCAUAUAAUUUGGAACUUGAACAACGUUCCAAGGCUGCGCUUCAACAACUCACAUUAACCGAGAUGAGAAAAUUAUCAAACGGCAAUGAAGAAAACGAAAUGAGACCAACCACAUCGGCGCGAAGUAAAAACGAAGCCGCAAGAAGUCCAAAAGAAACCGUAAAAAGCUCAAAAGAAGCACUAGAAACGAAACACGAAGAGACAAGCGGAGAGACGCAAAGAGCGGUCAUCGAAGAAACGCCAGUCGAUGAAGCUCAAGAAAGGAUGCCAGAACCUGCGCAAGUUCUAUUAAAAUCCAGAAAGCCUUCAAUAACAAACCGAAAACUUACUUUUAGAAAGCAAGGCAGAUAA